CAUUCACGUGAAAAUUGAACUACAGAGAGAGGGAGAGAGAGAGAGAGGGCAAAAAGAAAAGAAAAGAAAAGAAAAGAAAAGAAAAAUUCAUUUUCCCUCUUCUCCGUUUGGCUCUAAGAAAGAAAACACAGUGAACAUUCAUUUCAUACACAAACACUGCAUUGUACUGUCUUAUCUCGCUUCAACCAAACCCCAUUGUUGUUUCCUCAGCUUCAUUUCUCAUUAAACCAACGCUUUCUACCUCUGCUUUCAAUUUCCCUUCCCACUUUUCUUCUCCUCCGUUUUUUCUAUACAAAAUUUCUUUUACUCAAUCCCUAAAAUGUCGUAUGUUGUCAUCCACUUAGUUUUUGCAGCGCCACAAAAUUUCAACUCCUAGUUUCUUCAUGCGAUAUUCUCGGUUCGGUAACUGAAAUGGGAGAAACAGGUGGCAGUGGCUUUAGGGCGGAGGUUGAUACUUCCGCUCCCUUCGAGUCUGUGAAAGAGGCCGUCAGUAGGUUUGGCGGAAGCGGAUUUUGGAAACCCUCUCAUAGUCAUACUCAUACUCAUACUCAAAGUUACACCCAGCUAUCUGAACCUGAGCAUGAUAAAGACGAGGUUGACAUUGAUGCCACAAUACUGGAGAAGCAGGCAAUGAACAUGGAGAGUGAAUUGAUUGUCAAAGAAAGGGAGACCCUGGAAGUAUUAAAAGAACUUGAAGCAACCAAGAGAAUCGCGGAAGAUUUGAAACUGAGGCUGCAGAAAGAAGCAUUUGAAGUCAGUAUGACUCAAGACACAAAGAGAGAUGAUAUAAAUGCAACUGCUGCUAAAGAAGCAGUUAAGGAAAACCUUCGGCCUACUGACGGUCAAGGUCAGAAUGAGCAAAUCUCCCCUCCAGAACCCGGUUUAAUUCUUAUGGAAUUGGAACAGGCAAAGUUAAAUCUUACUAGGACACCUAGUAAUAUUGCUGAUCUUCGAGCUUCUGUUGAAUCUUUUAACAAAAAACUAGAGAAAGAAAGAACUGGACUUGAGAAAAUUCAAGAGAGGUUAGCCCAGAAUUCGUCCAAUAUAUCAGCCCUUGAGGAAGAGCUGAACCAAACGAAACUGAAGUUACAAGUGGUAAAAGAUGCUGAGGCAAAAGGUUUUCCAGACAACCCUUUAGAGAUUUCAAAGGAACUACAAGAAUUGAGUUCUGAGGCAGAGAAGUUUAAGAAAAUGAGGGAAGCAGCCAGACUUGAAGUUUCGAGAAUGGAAUUUGAGAUUGAACAGAACAAGGCCAUGCUAAAAACAGCUCAAGUCAAGUUGGUUGCAGCCAGAAAAAUGAAGGAAGCUGCUAGAGCAGCAGAAGCUGUUGCUCUCUCUGAGAUCAUGAUCUUAACCAAGCAUGGAAAUCCAUCGAGUGACUUUUCACUAACUCAUGGAGGUGAAAGGGUAACUCUUUCGUCGGAGGAAUAUUCUACUCUUACUCUUAAAGCUUGUGAAGCUAAAGAACGAUGCAGAAAGAGAGUUAUAGACAUCAUGCAACUAGUUGAUGCCGCAAACACAUCGAAAAUGGACAUCUUGAAUCAGGCAGAGAGAGCUUCUGAGGAACUCAAAACAAGUAAAAUUGCACUGGAAGCUGCUCUGAGCAGGGUGGAUGAUGCAAAUCAGGGAAAGCUUGCAGUUGAAGAAUUGCUUCGCAAAUGGAGGUCAGAUCAUGGUCAGAAAAGACGUACCAUUCAAAGCUCUACCAAGUUUAAGAAUGCAUGCCCUUCUCACUUGAAAAGAGAUUCUAGGCUACUUGAUGUAAAUGGAGUGAACAUGGUGAGUGACGAACCAACACCUGUUUUGAAGCCAACUCUUUCUAUAGGACAAAUACUAAGCCGGAAGCUACUACCUCCCGAAGAAUUUGAAACAGUAACGAUCCCUGAGAAAAGUUCAGUUGGAAGAAAGAUGUCACUUGGUCAGAUGCUGAGCAAACAAAGUGGUGAUGCAUCUUCUUUUAAGAAGGUUGAAAAAGAUAUUAGCCAGAAGCAGACAUUUGGAAAAAGAAAGAAGUCGGGAUUUGCUCGGUUUACUCUGCUGUUGGUGAAACAAAGUAAGAAGAAGAAGAAACCUGCAGUUGGUAAGAGGUAACCAAUUAGUUUAAUUUAACGUUGAUAUCAGGAUCAUUAUCCAUAGAUGGCUUCUAAGUGCCUCUCUUGUUUCUUCCCUCCUAUUAGGUUAGGUAUUACUUUAGGAUGGUUGUUUAUAUUUUGGAUAGUUUCUAGAUGGCUUUGUCUUAUAUAUUUUGUAUGUGUUAUCCAAAGAUUGUUAUUAGCAUAGUGCAAAGUUCUCAACAGAAAUACAGUCUUAGAGUUCUAACCAUUUCAGCUUUGUUUAA